AUGUACCCUGGUUGUGAGUGCGAUGGUGAAUGUGAUGAAGCAAGCUGUGUAUGUAUUGUAAGAUAUGGUCCGAACUUUGAUAAACAACGUCGUUUACUGAAGAUGGAAAAUACUGCAGGUAUACUCUUUAUAAACUCUGUAAUUCCUAACUAGGAAUCAAGUUACCAGAGGCCCCCAGCAGAACUGCAAGAAAGGGAGUCUUGUGUGAAAUUUAUUGCAAAAUUUACGCCCAAAUAUCCAAUUAUACUCGCAAAAUAGAAGAUUCGCAAAAAUCCGACACCGACCCAGCUGAUUUUAACAUGAAAAUAAUAUAUUAUUUUAACAAUAUCGAUCAACAUAAGAUAGCUGCAUCAUUCUCUUAGGCUCUCUGGUUUUUCGAAAAUUUCUCGCUUUUAAAUUAUAGUUUUUGGAUAAACUACAUAUCAAAUUGUUUCUAACCAUUUGCUGAUUUCACUUAUUUAAUUUUGGAGUUGUUUUGCAACGUAUUUUUCGAGAUAUUCUGCGCGAAAUUUUGUGCGUUGUAAUAUGUCUCGCCUCGCCAAGAAGAGUAUGUCUACGUUUUCGGAGGCUGAUGUUGCCAGUUUUGUGUCGGAAUUGCCCAGUACAGAUGAGGUUAAAGAACAAGUUUGCCCAACAGAGAUGUCUGACCAUAAAAACGAGAAUGAAAAUCAUAAAAGCAAAACUCGUGGCGAAACAAACGAGCGAAAAUUAAGCGAGCACGUGGUUGAUGUUGCUGGCAAAGACGAAGACAACAGGAAACAUUCAACAUGCGAGGAAUGUCAGAACCGCAAAGACAAAAUUACCGAGAUAAAAGCUAUUACAAAUGAAAUUAAAACUAACCAAAACGAAGAUCGGGAAAAAUUAAUUAUUAAAGCGAUAGAAUCGGAUGAAAGGAUAAAAUCCUUGCACGAGGAAAACUCCAAAAUGGCGGAGGAGAUUGAAUGUCUUAAAGCUACGAUAUCCGAACUUGUCACUGACAAUGAGAAUUGAGAACAUGAAAAGAGUUUUCGACGUCAAGCAGAAUGAAUGGCUGAAAAUAGCAGAAAACCCAAAUCCAUCAAACUGUAAUAAAACUGCAACAACAACGCCUACAACCACAGUACAAAACCGGUUUGAACUGCUCAAUGAUGAAAAUUGUGAGAGAAUAUCAACGCCUGAAUUAACGUACAAUCGAAGUUUGAAAAUCGAGAACUCAUGCACAACAGAAGGAAAAUAAAAACCAUGUCCAUGCUAGGAAGACCGGAACCAAAAACAAAAAGAUUAAAAAAGUCCUGGUAAUCGGCGACUCGAUGGUGAAACACAUCGAUCGGGUGAAAAUUGAGCGAGCUGCAGGUUGCCAAUCAGUCGUCCACUCUUACAGCGGUGCAAGAGUGGAACACAUCAGUUCAAAAGUUAAAGAAUAUUGGUCAGAAGGGGAGCAGUAUGAUACAGUUCUCCAUCAUAUGUGGGCACCAAUAACCUCGCUUUUGAAGAACCAGAAGAAGUGGCACCUAAAAUGGAUGGCCUUAUCAAAGACCUUAAAGAUCACGCCAAGAAAAUUGCCAUCUCAAGUAAUUAAAAGGUGUGAUAACCGAGUUCCGGCUAGCAAGAUAACUCAUUUUAAUAACUUUGUUAAAAACUUAUGCAUGAAACAUAAUACCACUUUUUUAGAUAAUGACCACAUUGACAGGUCGUUACUUAAUCGCUCUAAUUUGCACUUAAACUAACAAGGUGCUAGGGUGCUAGGGAGCGUUUUCUGCACAUAUAAGAACUGCUGGUAAUAUACAAAAACCAACAGGUAAUAACAGGCAGUUUUUCACCAAGCUCAUGGACAUCGGAACAGAGAAUGGACAAUGUACUUGAAGUAUGUGAAUCAAAUAAUGAAGAAUUAGAUAGUCAUAGUUCUGUAAACAAUGUCAGUAGCGAUUUUUUCACUAGCCUUAAUUCCAUUCCCAAUGAAAGAGGUUUUAAAAUGGCUUUUCUUAACAUUGUUAGUUUGCCAAAAACGUUGAUGAAAUAAGGUAUUCAAUGUCAAACAAAUUAAUUGAUCUUAUUGCUUUCAAUGAAACUCGCCUUGACUCAAGUAUAACUAAUGGUAUGAUUCACCUUAAUGAUUAUGAGAUUAUUAGAAAAGACAGAUCAAGAAAUGGAGGUGGAGUUUGUAUCUACUUGCGUAGCUCCAUCAACUAUAUUUUUAGACAAGUAGAUCUAAUUUCCUCUGAAUUGGAGGCUGUCUGUGUAGAAAUUAUUAAGCCACACAGUCGACCAUUUCUUGUUACAACCAUUUAUAGACCACCCAAUGCGACUCGUUCCCAGUCGCUCGCGUUGGAUCAUGGGAAUGGGUUAGGUUUUGUCAACGCCUAACCCGCGAAUGGGCAUAUUCUCCCGUACUAAAAUAUAACGAGGGACUGUGGAAGAGUCAGACCCAAUGCAUCAUCUGAAUUCUUUGAUCAUUUUGAAAAAUUAAUUAAAGCCAUUGAUGAUGAAAAUAAAGAAAUGUAUAUUCUGGGUGAUCUAAAUUUUUUUCUAUUUUUUCUAUUAUAUAUUAACGAUUUGCCUCAGUGCUUCGAUAAAACAAAACCUCGGUUGUUUGCUGACGAUACUAACCUGACAGUUUCUAGAGACUCUAUUAGUAUUGCUGAUCUUGAAACUGCAGUGGAUUCUGAUUUGGAAAUCUGAAAUGGCUAAUUGCCAAUAAACGUAAAUCUAAAUGUAGCUAAGACUGAGUUUAUGUUAGUUCGUUCAAAACAAAUGAUAAAAAGUAUUUCAAAUUUGCAACUAAAUGUGAAAAUUGAAAACGAGUCAAUUAAACAAGUUUAUGAAUCCAAAACUCUUAGAGUGACAAUUGACCACCAUUUAUCUUGGAAAACUAACACUGAGAAUAUUUGCAAGAAAAUAACAUCCGGAAUAUCGGCUCUUAGGCUUUUAAAAGAAUUUGCUGAUGAGCAAACACUUCUUUCUGUAUAUAAUGCUAUUGGUCGCCCAUAUUUUGAUUACUGCUGUGAAGUAUGGGAUGAGUUUGGAGAAACGCAAUCAAAAAGACUCCAAAAACUACAAAACAGAGCUGCUCGGAUUAUCAUGAAUAUGAGCAAUGACAUAGAUCGUUCUGUUGCAUUGCAAGCAUUGGGUUGGAAGCCACUUAGCAGAAAGGAAGGAAAGUAAAGCAAAAAUCAUAUACAAAUUAUUGAAUAAAAUGGUACCCAAAUCACUCGCUAAUCUCUUCACAUAUAUGGGUGAGGUGACAAACUACAAACUUCGGAACAUUUCAAGUUGUCUUUGUUUACCACAACCGCGUACUAAUAAUAUGAAAAAGUUUCGUGUAUGACGGAGCGAGCAUGCACACGUUUGGAAUUCUAUUCCAUUUUCUUCCUUUCGAAAGAAAAUUGCUACUCACAUUGAUUCAUAGCUAACAGAAAACAUAGAUGUAUAUUACACAGCAAAAAAUCAUUUUCUUAUUAAGAAAAAAAUUUCUUAAAUUUAAGAAAAAAAUCUUAAAAUAAGAAAAUAAUUUUCUUAGUAAGAAAAAAUUUUCUUGAAAUAAGAAAUUUUUGAAUCCCCAAUGAUAACUGAAUCCAGGACAUCUGUAUCUGCCUACAGCCAUGUCUCUGCUUAAUAAAAUUUAAAUAAAACAUGUAGUUUAAUACUCCCUCUUUCGUCUUCUACCAAUAUGAACAGGUGAUUGGCCGAUUAUAACAUUAAACAAUAAACCCUUUGAAUUAGAUAAGAAUGAUAUUAUAUUAUAAAUAAUAUUAAAUUAAUUAUAUUAAUGAAUUAUAUUAUAAAUGAAUUAUAUUAUAAAUAAUAAGUCAUAAAAUUAAAACUGGUCUAUCUUUUCAACAUAGACAGAUUUUCAUAUUUUUUACUGGGGUGGUGCCAGAAAUUUUAGGGGGGGUGAGCCGUGAGCAGGUGACUGAAGCAACACAAAGUGUCACCAUACCCCAGUAAGGUCUAUAUUCUAGAGGUGGAGCACUAGAGAUGUGAGGAGGUGUCUAGAGAGCAGAAAACAAAGUAUCCCUGGAAACAUUUAAAAAAAUCAUGAUUCCUAGCUUUGAAAAAAGUUUUUUGAAGUGGUCAUAUCAAUGGAUUUGGCAUGUCCGAUUGUCUGAUGAGACUUGGGAGAGUUAAAGUUAAAUGAACCUGUAAAAAUGUAAACCUAAUAGGCCAAUACACAAUAUGCUUUUACCCGUUUUAUAAAGUCAUUGACAUUGUGUUGUUUGAAUCCGAAUACAUUUUAUGAUGCAACUCCAAUGUAAAUAAUAAUUGGGGCAUAAAGGUUAAAUCUACAGUAGGCAAGUCUAUUUUUUAAAAGAAUUAAAAACUAAAAAUAAUGUUCGUAAAAAAUCCAAAUGUUCCUUCCGAGCAAGCUAAGUACUGUAUUUGCAUGAGAAGGCACUGCAAACUCUAUUCAGGGGAGAUAAUAGAGUUUCAAAACUUUACAAUUGCUCCAAUAAACCAGUGAAUGCACUGUCUUUUUCUAUUUGAGUGUACUCCUACGUUUAUUUUAUAUCAUCAACACUCUGCAUGUUGGAGUGGACUAUUUAAUUAUUUUUAUUAUGCCAAAUGUUGGGGGGUGGGGGGUGUUGAAAUAGUUUUUGGAGGGGUGGUCAUUUUGUUUGGGGGAGGAGUUAUAGCUACAGUAAUAUUGGGGAGGGGGGGUAGCACCCCCCUCCCCACAAAAUCCGUCUAUGCUUUUUAAUCUAAAGAGUUAACUUAGGUAACUGAGGAGUGACUCAGAUUAGCAAGCAAAUCUCCAGGUCUAUUGUUCUUGCAAUUUUGUAUAUAUAGCUAAUUAAGGUUGUCCCCAAGCAAAGCAGAAAAGUGGAAUACAAGCGCGAAAGGCUGCUGAAAAUCGCUAAUAAAUUCAUUUAUAUUUCUGUAUACACCACAUAUAAUACUUAGAGUGAUGAUUACAUUCUCAAUAUAUAAGUAAACUUUUCCUUUUACAGAUUACUAGCUGUAUAAGGAUGUAUAUAUGAUGGAUCUCCAGUGGCAUUUGCAUGAUGUGUUUGGAACAGUGUUUAAAUUAAUGUGCAUUAUAAAGAAAUCUAUGGACUUUGAACAAACGGUUUGUCAGAUAAUAUUGCUUGUCAUGUGGAAAGAGUUGAAAAAUUACAGCUUCAGGUCUUCAGGAGAACUUAAAUUUGCUACAACACAUUGCUGUGCAAUCAGAACUACACCUAGUUGUAUAACAGUGGCUGGAAAAAGAACUUGUAUAAAUUGACUAUAAUUUGAUGUUUUGUAUGUUACUCUGAGUGUAUAUCCACACCGGGCAGGCUGAAAAGUUAGCCUGACCAUUGUGGGAAUCGAACACGCAACCUUUGGGAUACUAGUCCAAUGCUCUGCUAACUGCAUAUACACUCAGAGUAACAUCAAAAACAAUAUUCACCUGAGUACCUGUACAUAUAAACACCCAAACAAUACAUUCUUAAUAAGAAAAUUAUUUUUAAGAAAAAUUUCUUGAUUUGAGAAAUUAUUUUCUUAAAAUAAGAAAUUAUUUUCUUAUUUUAAGAACAUUUUCUUAUUUCAAGAAUUUUUUUUCUUGGGAGAAUAACAAGAAAAUUUUCUUAAUAAGAAAAUUCUUUUUAAGAAAAAUUUCUUGUUUUGGGAAAUUAUUUUCUUAAAAUAAGAAAUUAUUUUCUUAUUUUAAGAAAAUUUUCUUAUUUCAAGAAAACUUUUUUCUUGGGAGAAUAACAAGAAAAUUUUCUUAUUAGGAAAAAAAAUUUCUUGAUUUGAGAAAAUAUUUUCUUAAAAUGAGAAAAUAUUUUCUCAAUUUAAGAAUUUCUCUCAAGAAAAUUUUCUUAAUAAGAAAAAUUUUCUUAAGAAAAUUUUCUUAUUAAGAAAAUUUUCUUAUUAAGAAAAUUUUCUUGUUAUUCUCCCAAGAAAAUAUUUUCUUAUUUCAAGAAAAUUUUCUUAAAACAAGUUGUUUUUUUCUCAAAAUAAGAAAAUGAUUUCUUGCUGUGUACCUGUAUAUAGAUUAUUACCUUGGGCCUUUAGCCAUAAGGGAUAGAGGAACCAACUGUAAACUUAUAGAGAUUGUUGAUAUGAUGAUCUGUUUACUGCGGCGCGCGUUUCUCUUGCCAACACAUGUCAUAGCUAGGUUGGAUAAUUUACUAAAAUUGACCAUGACUUGGAAAGGGUUAUAACUUUGCAGGAGCUCUCCAAUACGUAUAAAUACUGAGGAAUUUCGAUUUAAGAUGGUCUUGCCAUUAUGACAAGAAUGGUUUUGUGAUAGUUUUAUUAAUUCAUGAUAUCUAGUCGUACAAAAUCUUAAAAAAGAUUCAUAGUCUUCAUUGGCAGUUUUGGUUCUUUUUCAAAUAUUUCAUCUCUUUCCGAGGGGGGAUUCUGUUCGCCCCCCACAACAUGGCGCUCGUGGCUUCAAAGUAGAGUUUACAUGAUCUGUUUGACCAAUUCGAAUAGCUAACGACUUUCUUUUUGUUAAGGGUUUUGUUUACCGAUUUUCGAGUGCAACAGCAACUGUCGCUGUCCAACAACCUGCACGAACCGACUAUCGCAGCAAGGUAUCACGGUCCCGCUUGAAGUUUUCCAGACGCGUAAUAGAGGACUGGGGGUAAGAACACUACAGCCAAUACCCAAGCAUCAUUUUAUUGCCGAGUACUCUGGGGAAAUCAUCAGUUAUGAAGAAGCGAAGAGACGAACUGCAAUAAAGACAAAUACCUCAGAAUCAAACUACCUGUUGGUUCUUAAGGAACAUAUAUCAGGGGGAAGCGUUCUUAAGACGCACAUCGACGCCACUCAUUAUGGCAAUGUAGCGAGGUUUAUGAAUCAUUCAUGUGAGCCAAAUAUGGUUAUGUUUCCAGUAAGGCAUAACUCUCCCGUUCCAAAUCUUUGUUUGUUCGCUUCCCGUAAUAUCGAUAAAAGAGAGGAGCUUACAUUUAGUUACGGUGAUAAGGACAAGGAAAAUUGUCAAGUUGGAAAAAACCCGCGGUUUAGUUUUGAGACCGUAAGAACAAAAUGUUUAUGCGCUAGCAAUGAUUGUGCAGGUUAUUUACCUUUCGAAGAAUGCUUAUAUGAUCAUUAACAUGUUUAUCAGUUAUUCGUUUAGGUGAUAGCAUGGUUUCGAGUGUAAUAUGAAAAAAAAUGCACGAGGAUGUUUUGAUCAUUGAUUCGGAAGUAUGAAUCCAAUUUGAAGUAUUCAAAAACUCACCUGUGGUUUUUCAAAUUGCACGAUAAUUCAUGCUAUAAAUUCAUGCUAUAAUUCACGCUAUAAAUGAUUAGAAUGCUAUGACGUUACAUGCUAUGACAUUAUGCUAUUAAUAUUUAAAAAGUAAAAACUGAGACGUGCUGCAUAUUUGAAAGAAAGGCACACAUUUCCUGCAAAUGGAAUAAAAACAUGAAGCAAUAGGUAUAGUUUUGUGUAAAUCAUAGACCACGUCAUAUGGCGUAUAAAUCUAUUUCCGUCACGCUUUAAAGCCUCAAAUUAAAACGACUCGAUACGACCUUUUUCCAACUGACACUCGUCGUUAUUUGUCCAGUUGCCAGGAGUGGUUCCACCAUGUUAUGACUUCAUACUGAACAGACAACGGCAAAAUCUAUACUUUUCGUCAUUACUUGGCCCAUUGCGUAAUAAACAAAAUUUUGAUCUAGACAAAUCUAGACAAAAAUAUUGCCACCGCUAGAAAAAGCAUCACAAAAUUAGUAAAAUUUCAAAGUUUUGUGGCGAAAUGUUGUAAAAUGCGGAAAAUAUAGUCAUGCGAAUUAAGUUUGGAAAUUUUGUAUAUUUUUGUAUUACGCGACCCAAAUUGAUACCGUACUCUAGGACAGUGUCUCCACGAAUCUUGUGUCGUACUCUCGCGAAUUUCCUUUAUUCUUGUCAUCACAUAUUGCUUCCACUGUUUUUUGUUCUUGAUCCAGUAUAAAACUGUCAUGGAGUCGAUCCAAUACGCGAUUUAUACUGAACGGUAUUGGAAAGUCUGACAAGAAUGUUAACCCUAAGUAUAAAUUCCAGCCCAGGCACACUUUGUUUUUUAAGUGGCGCGACCCUCGUUUUCGCUGAAACUAAAUUGACAUCCGCGUCACCAUACAGUGUUAAGAUCGAAAAUACAUAUGGCAACUGCAUAAGCUCUUUCUGAAGCGUCACUGAAACAAUGAAGUUGGACUGUCACUGAAUCCAAAUGAUUGUUCUUCUCGACAUAGCAACUUAAAGUGGCUCAACAAUUUAAAUUAACAAGUUCAACACAGACCAUACUGAAUUCGUAAAAAGGCAAGCGGCGAUCAAAAAUUAUCCUGCGUUCAUUCGAUCCAUCGCAGGAAAAAACACGGACGACUGAAAAACCGGAAGAUGGCGGGGACGUAAAAAUGAAAACUCGCAAAAGGAAAGAGAAACGCUGGCAUACGUUACAAUUCGUGCGCAAAGGUUCAAACGGGAAAUAGAAUUUUGGAGAGAACCCCGCAACACCUCUAUUCUCUAGAGUUGAAAUGUGACUUCCAUGACUCGAAACAACCGUUGAAUCCUGACGUUGAAUUGUUUCGUCCACGAAGGGGAGCAGCAAUCUACAAUGACGAUUAGUUACGAGCAAUAGUCGAGUCUCCUUUAGGACAUAUAGCAGAUAUUACAACUAUAUGAGGGGAGGGUGUCGGAGACUGGGAACGAACAGUGAUUUUUUUGUUGAGUUUAGCACAUUUUUGUGAGAGUCGAGUGAGAUAUUUACAGCGAGGCAAUUCAUAUUAUUAAAAAUUCCUUUUAAACCUUUAAUUUGCGAGUAAAUUUUAGCGAAGUGAUCUAGUUUUUGUUGGGAAUCAGUUUUGGAGGCAAAUUUUCCUAACAUAACGUGUUUAUUUUUUUGUUUGAUGGUUCAUGCCUCAUGGUUAUAAUAAAAUGCCAAUAAAAUUCCAGUUGCGAAAUACAUUUGAGAUCAGUUGUAUUUGUUACUUUAGUGCAAGCAUGGCUGACAAACUACCAAAACGCCGCGAUAAAUUAAAAAGCCUUUAGUUUCAAUGCGGGUCACAAUUCCUAGUCGGGUCACGUUUAGGACGUUUAGCUCACACUUCGUAUGCUUACGAUAUUUUACCAAACAGUCUGGUAUCGUCUGGUAAUUUGUAUUGUCACGCUAUUUCACCAUACAGCCAGGGGUCGCUAAUGAUCCACGAUUAACAACGUUUUUUACGUUGUGCGUUUUGAACAUCAAUGAUCAGAAAUCAAUUGCUGCGCAUUGUGUUGCCAGUUAUGUAUCUCGGCCCUUUGUCGCAAGCGCUUUAGAGAUCUUUAAUACGUCAUUGUUUUGAUUGACAUCUUUAUUUAAACACGAAAUCCAUUUCACAAGUUAAAAUAUGUGCUCUUCAAUGGAGACGUGUCAUAUGCUAGUGAACUAUUUAGUAAUAAAUAAAUAUCAAAACAUUUGCAAGAGUUACAGUCUACAUAUGCAAAGAAACUAAUAUAAUACAAUUAUUAAGAAAUUUUAGAUUUAAACUCAGCGAGAGAAGGAGCUUUAGCGAGUUUUACGGGUAUGUCGUUCCAUAGGGUAGCUUCUCUAUAAGUAAAGCUUUUCUUUUAAAAGGAUUCAGUUAAGGGUCUUGGAACAAAAAGAUUACGAUUAGAACCUCGCAAAUUGUGUUCGUGUAUCAUAGAAGUUGGAGUAAAUUUUCUUGACAAGUAACUAGAAACCAUGUUAUUAACAGUUUUGUACAUAAAAGUUUUAAACUGUUGAGUGCGUCUGGUUUCAAGGUUUGUCCAAUUCAAUGAUGUUAAGAUAUCUGAGGACCGAAUGUUGUAAUCUGAAUUCAGUAAUAAUUCUUGCAGCCUUAUUCUGUAAACGCUGUAGCUUUUGUCCAAGACUCUUGCCUAAGCUAUCCCAAACAAUGCUAAUCAAAGUGUGGCUGUAUUAAAGAGUUGUAAAUCAAGACAAGAGUUGACUGUGGAAGUAAUGGUUUUAGUCUUCGUAAAACUUCAAUCACCUUGGAGACUUUGGACAUAAAAGCUGAAAGAUGAUACUCCCAUGUCAAGCUCUCGUCCAGUUCCAAACCUAAACACUUGUAAGUCCGGGUAGGGGUAAAACGCGGAAACGGAACGGACCGGACCAGCGGAACCGGAAAAGCGGAAACGGAAAAAAGGGUAAAACGCGGAAAAGAGGGUAAAACGCGGAAAAGAGGGUAAAACGGGGGAAAAAGGGUAAAACGCGGAAAAGAGGGUAAAACGCGGAAAAGAGGGUAAAACGCGGAAAAGAGGGUAAAACGCGGAAAAAAGGGUAAAACGCGGAAAAAUGUUUUAGAAUAGUUUUUUCUUUACGAGGUAGGUAUGUAGCUUGGUAAAACUAUAUUUAUUUAAAAAUUAUACACACUAGUCCUUUCAACUAUGAUUUCCACGAAGGGCGUGUGUUAUGUCACAAAAAAGCUACAUACAUUUACGAUAUUCUGAUACGAUUAACAACCCUGAUAACUCAAAUAUUAACCUCAAUUAACCUACAUAACUACUGGGGUGUAUGGGGGGCCCAACUUGCGGAGAGGGGGCCCUGGAAUGCUGGAAUUGCAGAACGUGGUAAAUAUUAAGGAAUUUUCUGCAAAAUUGAAGUAAAAAAUGGUAUGAAUAACAACACUUAAGCCCCCAUUAUGUAAAACUAGUGUACGUAAACCCCCUCCCUCCCCGCCCAUUAUGUAAUUACCAUUAUGUAACAUUUUGCAGAAAUAUUUAACGCUAACAUUUUCCGGAAAAAUGUAUUCUAUAAAAGCUAUAGGUGUAUGAUUAUUAGUCGGUGGGCAUAUGAUGUAAGACGUCAUUGGGCGAAGAGCGUUUUGAUGUACAAAAUUCUUAAUGAGCAGUCCGCUCCAUGUCUUAGAGAAAAAUUUAUAAAAAUUAAAGAUCUUAAUAGAGAAUAUAAUCUUCGAAGUAAUGAUACUGAUCUAGCAGUUCUAAAACCUAAAACAAACUAUCUUAAACGAAGUUUUAAAGUGGAAGUCAAACGGUUUGUUUACAUUUUGAACUGCUGUAUUUUUUAAAAUAUGAUGUACUGUCUGAAUAUCUAACACCAUUUUGGUUCGCUAUGCUUCUAAAUGAAUAUGAAAUAGAGUUUAUGUUCAGAAAAAUUCGUAACAUUCGAAAUUUGGGCAAUGUUCACAUUAGAGGGUCCUCACAUUGUUAUGAGCAGAACCGAUGCGCAGAACGGACUUGACUUCCACUUUAAGUAUAGUGGAAUAGUCUUCUUUCUGAGGCGAAAAAGGCAUCUUUGCUUUACAAAAGUAAACGCAGUAUGUCCACUAUACCCAGUGGUGCCUAAAUUACUUUGAAUUUGUACUCGAAUAAAAGUAGAAGUAAUUACUCUCGAUUUCAAUUUGCUUUUCAAAACUGACUUCCAAUGUUUACUUGUAAAUUCGGAAUGUUCGUUGUAAAGUUCCGAAGUUUGUUUCGAAGUUUGUUACGAUGAUUUACGAUGAUUCAAUGGCAAGCGAUUUGAUUGGCUGGUUCACUUAAGUAGCCAAUUACAACUUACUAAACUUGAUUAUCGCGUAAAUCAUCGGAAGGAACUUCGAAACAAACUUCGGAACUUUACAACGAACAUUUCGAAUUUACAAGUAAACAUUAUUGGAAGUCAGUUUUGAAAAGCAAAUUGAAAUCGAGAGUAAUUGUUUUCUCUCAGUAGUUAUAUGAGGGGGGUAAUGGGGUAUUUUCGUGCUGCGUAUUGGGGUAAUUUAAUUAUUCGUUCUUCGUUCAGUCAUCUUUUUAUUAAACGUUUUUCGAUCCCAACAUGGAUUCCGUGUAUCGUGCUUGCGGUGUAUUCAAUAUCCGUUCUCCGUUUUCAGCUGUAUUAAAGACGGUUAUUUCUCGUUUCUGGACAAUAUAUUCCAUUAAUUUUGUUUCUGGAUUUUAGCUAUGUUUUGAUUGGGGAACGCAGGUUUCAAAUUUUAUAAAUCACGAACAUCUACGCAAUUGUAAACAAAUAGGUGAACACACCGCCCAGUACAGACUGUUUAUAUUCACCUUUAAGACCUCUAAGUAUGGUUGUUGCUUACAUUUCAUGUUUCCUUUACAUUUCAGAUUCGUAAUAAAUUUGUUAUUUUACGUGCUUCAGGACUUCCUUCUUUUAUUUUUCAUGUUUCAAGAUCGCUGCAUAUUAUUUCUCGUGCUUCAGGAUUGGUACCCCAUUACCCUCUCUUUUAAUGAUGCAACGUGUAGUGCUUAUUUUUCAUAACUUAUCUUAUACAGCUAUUUGGAUGAUGGAAUAAUCAUAUUAGGGGAACUCCAGUCCAAAUACAAGUGUGGUUUAUAUGAAAGAUCUUCCCCUUAUUAGAAUGUUCCUCAAGUAUUUCGGUCUAAAUAUUAAUAGUAAAGGAGAAAUUGCUUGUCAAAGUUUGCGAUUUUGUCAAAUUUGGGCGCCAUGUUGUUCUUUUCACUGCAGACUCGGAUUUGUCCAGCGCCCUCAUUUUUGACGUCAUUGCGUGCUUCGAAGGUGUUGUUCAUAUACAAAACUAUGGCUUUGUAUGGCGAUUUAAUAAGAAUAUCGAUUAUUUCUCUGCUUCUAAUUCUUUAAUUAAUGUGAGUUUAGACCGAUUUAACAGAGAUAUUUUACAGACGGAGAUAUUUUACAUUGCCGAGCUUCUGGCUAAGGUCAAUCAAGAGUUGCCAGGUCAUGUUCAUGUUGGUGUACGGAAAGCUUGCGCAGAAUUAAAUAAUUAUAUGUUGCGGUUGUUGCCCUGUGUGGAUCUGGCUCUUGUUGGACUCUCGGAUCCAAUUUGCCUGAAUAUCGAUGCUGCGUUUGCGUUCAGCAACGAUUUAUCGGUUGAUGAGACUUCAGUUUAG